GUGAGCAUCUGUAAAAUGGAUCUGCUGUCUGGACGUGUGUGACCGAACAUGGAGGCCGUCGGCAUCAUCAACACCUCCCAGGAGGAGCUACACUUUCUGCCUCUGCCAGACAAUGACUAUGGCUUAAAUAUUGGCAUACCCCCUCCGGUUCUGCCCACAGGGUUUGGAGGGGGCGGGGUUUUUCCUGAGGACCCCAUUAGACUGCUCAGCGUUCAGGUGGUGUUGAUCCUUGCCUACAGCACCAUCAUUGUGCUGGGAGUUCUGGGUAAUUCUCUGGUCAUCUAUGUGAUCUAUCGCUUCAAAACGCUACGAACCGUCACAAACUUCUUCAUCGCUAACCUGGCUGUUGCCGACCUGCUGGUCAACACCCUCUGCCUCCCCUUCACCCUCGUCUAUACACUUCAGGGAGAGUGGAAGUUCGGCAGCACGCUCUGCUUCCUGCUGCCAUUCGCCCAGGGCCUUGCUGUGCACGUCUCCACGCUCACGCUCAAUGUCAUUGCCCUGGACCGCCACAGGUGCAUCGUUUACCACCUGGAGACCAGGAUGCGUAAAGACGUGUGUUUCGGGGUGAUCACGCUCACCUGGAUGCUGAGCGCCGUGCUCGCCAGCCCUCUGGCCAUCUUCAGAGAGUACGGCUCGUUCACGCUGGAGCCCAGACACACGAUACAGGUUUGUGCAGAGAAGUGGCCCGGUAAAAACACAGAUGGCACCCUCUACAGCAUAUCCAUGCUGAUCCUGCAGUACUUCCUGCCACUCUCCAUCAUUUCCUUUGCCUAUGCUCGCAUCUGGUCCAAACUCCGUGGCCACGUCAGCCCGGCGGAGAAUGGUGGCAACAGCAGUGCCAGCUCGGAGCGGCACCGCCGGCGCCGCAAAACCACCAAGAUGCUAGUGACCAUGGUGGUAGUGUUCGCUGUCAGCUGGCUCCCCUUCCAUGCCUUCCAGCUGGCCACAGACAUUGACAGCACAGUGCUGGACAUGCGCGACUUCCACCUGCUCUAUACCAUCUUCCACGUGAUCGCCAUGUGCUCCACCUUCGCCAAUCCGCUGCUGUAUGGUUGGAUGAACCGCAACUACCGCGCUGCCUUCCUUGCUGUCUUUAAGUGUCAGAGGGAGAGAGGGAGGGGCAGCCGAUUGGACAGUAUUCACCCUCUGGGUGGUGAAAGAGGAGGUGCUGGCGCCGGGGGAAGGGCUAAGAAAAUAGUCCUGGAAACGCAGGACGCAAUGUCCGCACACCUGAAUGCUACUGAUGUGUGAAGAAGACGAUGAUGGAGAAGACAGGAGGAAAAGAUGCAAUAAGAAGCUCAACAUGGGGAGCCAAAAUAACAACUGAGGAGAAGGAAGCCAGUGGGGAGGAUUAAAGAGUUUCUACAUGUCCAAAAUAGAAGAGGAGGUGGAGAAACUCAAGGAUUAGAGGACAAAUGACAUGAUAGAGACGAGUUGUUGAAUGAAGGACUCAAAGACUCCUCAAAGAGUCAAAGCAGCAUCUCUGAGGGUCAGACCUAGAGGAUGUCUUCCCCGGGGCAUUGGUUCAAGGAAGAACUCAUC